AUGAGUGUAAGUGUAGAAUUUGAAUCGCAAAGUUUCGGUGAUGUUGAGCCAAAAAGGACUGAGCCAAAAAUGGCUGAGUCAAAAAUGACUGAACCAAUAGACUAUUUCAAUGAAAUUGAACCGACAGCCGAAGAAUUGUCAACAUUAGAACAUAUUGCUGACCGGAUACCAUUAGCAGCCUGGCUAAUUGUCAUUUGCGAACUGUGUGAACGUUUUGCGUUCUAUGGACUCUCUGGUCUCUUUCAAAAUUAUAUUCAAUUUCCUUUACCUACUGGAAAUGAUACACAACCGGGUGCUCUCGGUUAUGGGCAGCAGACUGCCACUGCAUUGACAAACUUUUUUCGAUUCUUUGCAUAUAUCACGCCAAUCCUUGGUGCCAUUCUAGCCGAUCAAUUCUGGGGCAAAUACAAAACUAUAAUUGUUUCAUGUAUAAUCUAUAUGGUUGGCCUUCUCAUUCUUCUUCUGACUAGUAUACCACCAUCGAUUGAUAAAGGUGUCGCUUUUCCCGGUUUAAUCGUAGCAAUGGUCAUUCUCGGUUUUGGCACUGGUGGUGUGAAAAGUAAUGUAAGUCCUUUGAUGGCUGAACAGUAUACUAGAACAAGACCAAUUAUCACAGUAAUCAAAGGCGAAAAGAAAAUUAUUGAUCCAACUGUAACGAUGCAAUCGAUGUUUAAUUGGUUCUAUUGGGCGAUUAAUAUAGGUGCACUAUCGUUGAUUGGUACUACUAACAUUGAGAAGUAUCAUUCAUUUUGGCUUGCAUAUCUAGUACCCACGGUUGCAUUCGUUGGUGCCAUUGUUGUUUUAGUCAUCGGUCGGAAUAAAUACACUCAAAGACCUCCGUCUGGUUCAUUGAUCGUGCGAGCUGCUCGAGUGACAAUGACCGCCAUUGUAAUGCGACGGAAAUUAGGCAAACAACCCGAUCGCGCAGGGUUUUUGGAUUACGCCAAAGAUAUGCCAUCGACAAGCGAUGAUAAUAAAACAGAGACAAGAACAGAAUUAAGCAACAAUCAGUUUAUUGAUGAUCUCAAAAAAGCAUUUGGAACGAAUUUAGUAUCCCAAGCUGCGCAAAUGAAUGUUGGACCUCUGCCAAAUGAUAUUUUACAAAAUAUCGAUCCGCUUGUUAUUGUUAUUUUCAUUCCGAUCUUCGACAAAUUGAUCUAUCCUGGUUUACGACGAUGCAAAAUCAGGUUUGCGGCUAUUGCACGUAUCAGUGCUGGCUUCUUCUGUGUUGCCAUUGGUAUGGGAUGGUCAGCAUUUGUACAAUAUCUAAUAUAUCGUACUGGACCGAACAAAGACUAUGCGAUAAAACCAGGUAAAGACCAGCAGCAAUACAACAAUAUUACUGUCGCUUGGCAAAUUCCAGCGUAUUUUUUUAUUGCCAUCUCCGAAAUAUUCGCAUCCGUUACCGGUCUCGAGUACGCGUUUACUCAGGCACCACAUUCGAUGAAAUCCAUCGUAAUGUCACUGUUUCUAUUCACAUCGGCCAUCGGCAGUAUCCUGAAUAUUGCACUUGUACCAGUGUCAGAAGACCCAGAACUACUUUGGAUGUAUGCAGCAUUGGCAAUUCAGGCAUUCAUUUUUGGCAUUCUAUUUUACUUCACUUUUCGAAACGAUCACAAAGUACACGUAGAAGAAGAACCAGACCCGAAAUGA